AUGGCUUUUGAACAAAGAGGUAGAGGCGGAUCCAGAGGUGGCCGUGGUGGUCGUGGUGGUUCCAGAGGUGGUUUUGGUGGUGGCCGUGGUGGUUCCAGAGGUGGUUUUGGUGGUGGCCGUGGUGGUUCUAGAGGUGGUGCAAGAGGCGGUGCAAGAGGUGGCCGUGGUGGUGCCAGAGGCGGCCGUGGUGGUGCCAGAGGUGGUGCAAAGGCAGGUGCAAAGGUUGUCAUUGAACCACACAGACAUGCCGGUGUCUUUAUUGCAAGAGGCAAGGAAGAUCUCUUGGUCACCAAGAACAUUGCGCCAGGUGAGUCUGUCUACGGUGAGAAGAGAAUUUCUGUUGAGGAGCCAUCCAAGGAUCCAAAUGUUCCAGCUACCAAGGUUGAAUACAGAGUUUGGAAUCCAUUCAGAUCCAAGCUUGCAGCUGGUAUUAUGGGUGGAUUAGACCAAAUUUUCAUCAAGCCAGGUGCUAAGGUUCUCUAUCUUGGUGCUGCAUCGGGUACUUCUGUUUCCCAUGUCUCUGAUAUCGUUGGCCCAGAAGGUUUGGUUUACGCUGUCGAGUUCUCCCAUAGACCUGGUAGAGAAUUGAUCUCCAUGGCCAAGAAGAGACCAAACGUCAUUCCAAUUGUCGAAGAUGCUAGACACCCUCAAAAGUACAGAAUGCUAGUUGGUAUGGUUGAUGCUGUUUUUGCCGAUGUUGCGCAACCAGAUCAAGCCAGAAUUAUUGCAUUGAACUCCCACAUGUUCUUAAAGGAUAAUGGUGGUGUCGUCAUCUCCAUCAAGGCUAACUGUAUCGACUCCACCGUCGAUGCAGAAACUGUCUUUGCAAGGGAAGUUCAAAAGAUGAGAGAGGAAAGAAUCAAGCCUUUAGAACAAUUGACAUUAGAACCUUAUGAAAGAGACCAUUGUAUUGUCGUUGGUACUUACAAGAGAAGUGGCUUAUAA